AUGGACACGACCAAAUUGCUGAUGAAAGCGCGCGCCAUGCACUACAUUCUACCUAACGGAACAUCGGGCAUCCUGUCGUUCAGCAGCUCCAAGGUCCAGGAACUGUCUGAAUACAUGGGGUAUCGCCUCAAGGUUACGGCUGCAAGUAAAAACGCCGACGGGUACACUCGGCUCACAGUGUCCAAAGUAGGCAUUGCGCCGACACUGUACGAUCUGAACGUCGUGCACAAGGGUGUGACGUUUGAGCCAACACUGCGAAACCUGAAACCGGGGGCGAGUCGAUACGUGUACGGCAAGAUUAUUGUUGGUGAUAAUACACAGUUCCAGGCCGAGGGGCAGUAUGCGGGCAGUGUCUCGCAGGCGGCAAAUAGCGUCAUUCUCAACGCGUCGGGCGCCGACCUCAACGCUACAACCGAGGGGCUUUUCGCCAGCCCCUUACGCAACUUGAACUUGGGUACCAAUGUACUGUACUAUGGUACCACACCGGCCGAGACCAAAGUAGUCGAGCUGGGGACGUGCGUAAGUGAUUAUCUAAGGUGGAACGGCAGCAAAUGGGUAUCCGGGGGCGACAAGGUGGUAAUUGCGUGCGGUGCGGGUGCCAACGACCAAGCCCAGGGUGCUGUGGCCGUUGGGUGUAACGCAGGUAAUUUGUCGCAGGGGCAAUUCGGCAUUGCAAUUGGCGACAGUGCAGAUUUCAGUUCACAGGCAGCCAACAGCGUGAUUCUCAAUGCGUCCGUCAACCCCAUUCGCAACGAACAUCGUGCGGAUCAGAUGCUGUACUACGAUACCAAGACACGGGAAGUUGUGUACAGUGACAAGCCAGUUCAGGGACGACAGGUGGCGUUUAGGACGUGUGUAGAGGUAUUUGCUGCACACAUCGGCAACGUGCGAGACCUUGGUGAACAUGUCGAUGCGCACGGCACAUUCGGGAUAUCUGUUCCGCAAGACGAGCAAGUUCCUCGAGGGUCUCGCCGUCAAGAACGACGGCACGAUUCGGAACAUUGA